CUUUGUUUGCAUCUUUCAGCACGACUCGCCACCUUCAUCUGCAGCUGCUAUAAAGAAUCUGUGCCAAGAUGGAGGCACAGCAGCUGAAGAGAGAUGUUGAGGUCCUCCUGGCUGAAUACAUUGGGCAGAAACUGAGAGAGAACUCAUUUGACCCCACUGGGAAAGGAUGCUCAACCGUGCUGGAUGACCUGGCCCACUACGAUCUUGCCAUCAGUGUCGCUAUUUUUAGGAUGGAGAAAGACCUUGGACAGAAAACCCUUAGCAGAGACUUCACUGGACGGGACCACAUUCCAGUCAGCGCCGCACUUUAUCGCAAUCGCUUGCAACGGGAGGCCAUGAUCUUGUCAUCCUUUGCAGGCAUCAUUAUGAGCAGCCUGCCAGUGGAGGACAUCUUGGCUUUGUACAGGUGCAAACCAGUUGCCUCGUUCCCAGACCCGCACUCUAAGGCUUCAAUCGUGUGUCCCUUCACACUCUCCUGCCAUCCGUUGGCCAUGCUGAGCUCCUACAAGGCUGUCCGACACUCUAGGAGACACAAUGAAACGUUGAAACGAUGGCUCUCUGAGAAGACGAAGGCCGGAGCUCCCAGCAGACGACGUCGAUCGUCAUCUUCUUCAUCCCUCUCCUCUUCCUCCUGUUCCUUCCUCAGCGCCAGCAAUGAUGGUUACGAGGAGCACUAAGAGGGUCACCACGAACAAAAUGUUCAUGCAUAAAAUCCAAGGAAUGUACUUGAACAAUUGAUUCUCCUAUAGUUGCUGGGUUGUAACGCUUGCCGUACUGUUGUUUUCCAAUGAACUCAGCGCUAUGAAUUUUGACUGAGUAGUUUGCUACCUUAUU